GCGCACCGACAGCCGCGCGGAAAAGGGAGUCGAGAUGUGAAUUCAGGGAGCUCCGAUUGAGCGUCUACGCGCGCGAGACGCGAACCCGCGGCCGCGAAUCGCGGGCUCGCCGAAACAAAGGGACUCGGUAGGGUAAACAAACGUAGGUGGAUGGGCAGGCGGUAAAACUACCCGCUCUCUUUCUCUCUCUCUCUCUCUCUCUCUCUUCUCUCUCGCUCGCUCGGAAUUUCACGGCUCUCCGCCGUUCGUCCUCGAUACGCGGAGGCCUCUCCGCGGCGCGCGAUUCCUCGCGGAUCGCUCGCGUCCCGUGGUAAUUGUGUUGUUACACGGCUUUUUGUUUCCCCGCUCGCGCGCUCUCGCUUUCCGUUCGCACGCUCGUCAUCGGUGGAAGAAGGGUUCUCUCACGCGGUCGCGCGAAGGCGGCUUUUGGCAUUCAGUUGUCAGCGAUCGCCGAGUAUCUAUCGACGCUCGCGGUGGCACUUUCUCGAUACCGAGGAGUUUCCCGGCAGCCCAGGAUGAAGAUGGAAGGACGCGCGAACCUUCCCUUUUCUUUCCCUCUGUCGCGCCGCGCGAACGGCUGACGAAUGAUUAAGCCCUUCCGUUCGCGCUGAUAACAGCAGAUACGGUCGACAAUUUGACGAGUCCCUUUCCCGGAACAGCGGAAUCGCGCAAUGACGACGGCCAAGUGUGAAACUGUGUGUUUUUUUGGUCAGUCAUUGCAGCCGACGGUCUAUCGAGUGGCUCGCUCGUUAUCGGAGUUAUCGGUCGUUGAAUUAUAUCGCGCAAUUGCAAAGGUUUAACAUUCUCUUGUUGCAAUAAUAAUGUCGCGAAUUAAGUUACGGAGAUUUUCGAUUUUUUUUUACGCGAUGUAUGAAUACAAUUUUAAUAAUAAUACGAUGGAACGGCAGUAACGUUUAGAUCUCAAUCGUCUAAUGUGCCGCAAUAAUUUACGCGCGCGUAACGUGGAGCUUCACAGUUGAUUACAUAUUUUUUGAUUGGCGGUUUUUCACCGUUCAAUACUGGGUGUAAUGAACAAGGCACUAUACCUUGUUUCUCAAAGCAAAGGUUUAAUAUUCCAAUUGCAAUAAUAAUAUCGCGAAUUAAGUUACGAAGACUUUCGAUUUUUUUUACGCGAUGUAUGAAUACAAUUUUAACAAUAAUAUGAUGGAACGGCAGUAACGUUUAGAUCUCAAUCGUCUAAUGCGCCGCAAUAAUUUGCGUGCGCAAAACGUGGAGCUUCACAGUUGAUUACGUAUUUUUCGAUUAACGGUUUUUCACCGUUCAAUACUGGACGUAAUGAACAAGAGAUUUUAUGCCUCUCAAAGCAAUUUAUUACAGAAGCAGAACCGAAUCUGAAAGAUUAGUUUCGCAUUUUUAAAUCAAAAUUUUUUUUCAAGGUAAAAUAAUUUUUUCACACGGAUGUCGAAUGCUCGGAAGCUUCAGCUUCGACGAGCUGAUACUCGGAUACAUGUAUUUAACUCGCUGACCGAAAUCAUGCACACCAAUACCUGCUAAUGCCCAGUGGGCCAUUACUUUAUCUUAUUUUAUCCUUAUAAUGGCCAAACUGAUGUCCAGUAACGCCGCAAAUCUGUACGCCACAAUGCCCUCAUUUACCCCUCGUGUAUUUUUCUACUAUGCGUGAAAAUAUGACGAUAUUAACACUAGGUGUUAUAUUUUUAUAAUCGACCACCUCACCGGUGGUUUCGCUGUGAAGCUGGUAUAAGCGUUGCUUUAAUUUUCCGUUGCUAUUUUCAAUUUUUUGCGACUUUAAGGCGCGUAAUUGAACGCUCGCGUGAUUUUCAAAACCAUAGGACACGGCGGUUAAUUUUUUUUCGCGUUUUCAAUUUUUUCAGUACGGUUUUGCACAAUCAACAGUCACUUAUAAGUAUAUUUGCACGUACAACAAAUGCUUGUCCUUUUAAAAAAAUACAUCCUUUCUUAUCGGGCCGCAAAGAGAGUCGAACAAUUUCACGCACGAUCAUCGUGCAGUUCCUCGCGGAGCAGUGACCGGAUUCGCUAAUAAACUUAUUUGGCAAAGAUUCAGCCGCGCCGUUAACGUCGAUGGACCCUCGAGACAAUUGAACGCGAAGACUCGCCCGACCCCCGGCACUCUGGGCUCCCAUUCGUUUUUUUUUUCCACAACGCUCUCCGCCCCGCGCGCUCCUGAAAAUCGUCUCGUCCUUCGUGACGCAGCCACCUUCGGCGCGACCUUUCGCUCGCGUCCUGCGCUCCAAGGGGGUGACGAUCACGUCGCGGAGGUGCUGCUGACCCGACUCGACCCGAAGCGCGCGUCAGCGAGCGAGACGGGGACGCUCUCUUUCUCUCUCUCUCUUUUUCUCGCAGCCCUCCUCGGCGCAAUGCCGACGGAUUCAGUCAGUCCGCCGUCACUCGGUACGACGGCAGCUCGCGUAGCCGAUAUAUGUUCGGUGUGCUGUUACCUUAUCGUGUUCCCACUGCAAGACUGAAAGAAUCGUGAACCACUGUCGCGAUAACGUGAUCUGGCUGAAGCCCGCGGUUGGGUCACAAGCGACAUACGUAAGGCGGGAAUUCGGCCGAAUAUCGCAUUGUAAUUAAUACAGUCGGCCGGGAGAAAUAAUUGAAGGGGUUGAAUUAAUUCGUUGGGCAGAAAAUUGAUUGCGAGGGAGAAUUGAAAGGGGAUUGGAUUUACUUAAUUUGCCUGUGGUGCCGCGCACUUCUCCUUUAUCUCAUUUCUUUGUUUCGAGCAUUAUCGACGGGCGUUAUUCUGGUUACAAAGUCGGACGCAAGUCUCGCGAUGUUGCGGGCGUCCUCGCAUUCUUCACGCGAAUACGUCGAAAGAUAAUAGAGCGGGAUAAUAAUUGCAAAUUAAAGCGACACAUAUUCGGACCACAUUUGUGUACGAUGUACUUGAUUGCGAAAAUCCGAUUAUCAGCGCGAAAUCGCUCAGGUUUGACGGUUCAAUCGAUCGCGCUAAGGUGCGUCUGAUUCGUUAUCGCGGUCUGUCUGACGAAUUUUAUCCGGCGUGGGGGAUAAGCGCCCUGCCGAUCUUGUCGAUUCUCACGCACGAGGCAUGAUCGUGCUGAAGCAGAAAGCCGCUCUGCACUACGGCCUGCCGCCGCCGUCGCCACCCCAGCCACCCUCGCCGUGGUCCAGCAUACUCCGGGGCGACGAUCGGCGACCUCGUCGUCGCGGACGGAGAGUCGCGUGCGGCGUACGCGUCACGCAAUUGCGAGACAGAGUCACCGCAAAAGAUUCGGGAGCAGGAGCACCGGCUGACGACGAGGACACUGCGAGGAGCUGUAAGAGUCUGAGCGAAUGUUACUUCGCGGGCAAGGGCGCAGCCCUGGUUUUACCGCCGAACGAGAGAGCUCGACCCUCGAGGCGGGUCUCGGCGGCAGGAUGCGAUAUCCAGCAACACUUACAGUCCAUGUUCUACCUGUUGAGGCCCGAGGAGACUUUGAAGAUGGUGAGUACCGGGGAUGUUUUGAAAACAAGUACCUUUAUUUAAGGGGAUUACACGUAAUUUCCGCAUAAGCAUAAGCUUCGCGCUGUAAAACUCCUCGUCUCGCACCGCAACCGCGUCGAUUUGUCUUCCGAAAAUAGCGACGGAGAUGUAUCUCGUGUGUCGAAUCUAUCUCACAGAUAUAUCUCGCGCGCGUAUCCUCCGCGCGGCAUCGAGGAUUGCCGUAUCGAGCGGCGGCAGGCGCGUAUUUGAACGCAGCGCAUAAAGCGCGACUACGCGGAUACUAAAAAUAUUUCCGAUCCCGAGAAUUGGCAAUUGCAAAUUGGCAACGGUUUCGAUGUCUCGCGCCGACGGGGAACGGCGGCGAGCGCCUCCGUCACGGGGUUUUUCGCGUUCGCGCCGCUGGCUGGCCACCUCCCGCGCGCGAAUUACGGAUCGCUCGGAUAAUUUCGCGCGCGCGUUUCGGCGCGCUUUCCUUGAGACGCGGACCAACGCGGACGAGCCGGGCCGUGUGUCCCCAAUUACGCGCGCAUCGCGAAAUUGGCAGCUCUCGCCAUCGCUCGCCUUCACCGCCGUUUCGCCUCGCUCGCUCGAUCCGAGCGCACCGGCAAUUCUCGGAUUACAGCGGGGCUUCGCCAUUCCGCUCGGCCGCCGCCAAGGCACCGAGGAACUCGGCGGAAUCGUGUAAACAAGCAGGCGUACUCGGGGCACACUAUCUGCCGUCGCGCAGUCUUGAACGGGGCGAGGAAGUUGGCAAUCGCUAUUAUCUUGAAACGUGCUCCGACAUAAUACGCGAUUUCACAAGUCGACCUUUUUUGUGUCUCUCUCGUUUUUUAAUCGCGUUUCAAUAUGCAGCCUGCGCAAUCGAGGCUCGUAAAGAACCGAGUAUAUUAAUCGGAAACUUUUGAUCGAUGAGAAUUGUACGGGUUGAUGAACGCGCACUGAGAAAAAUUUCCAUCGGAUAAACCAAUUAAAUAGAGUUUCCGAUGGUUAAUUUGUCCGAUUACGCAUUUGACCACAUGCCAUGCAUUUGAAUUUGUCUGAUCGCACUUGAUAAGGGCCGAAACCCAUGGCCGAAACCGAAGGGGAAACCGCUGAGGGUAUUGUGGUGUACAAAUUUGCGGCAUU